UACUUUCAUUAUUUCAAAACUUGUCAACCGGAUUGAGUUGCUUGUUUAGUUCUCUAUUUUUUCCUUCGAAGGAAAACCUUGGAAAAAAGUUUAAAAAAAACUCUGCUAUUGAUGGAAAGAAGCUUCAAAUGGAAGCCUGCCAGUGUAGCCAUGAAAACUGCCCCCCUAGCGAGGGGUGCCUACUUCAUCGGACUGAGCAGGGGAGGGGGCAAAGUGCAGCUGUUGUAUACGGGGUCAACUCAUACCCAGAGCAACCUCAGAUCUACAAUUCGACAGGUGUUCACGGGUGGCUCGAUUGACAACUGGGACGAGCGACUGGGUUGUUUCCUGAUGGGGGCAUCCAAAAGACACCUCCUGGUAGACUGGGUCGUCCUCAAGUUCCCCCAAGACACCAUAGGCGACUACGUCCUACAGUACGCCAAAAUUAACAGACGUCUUCCAAUGUACAACCCACCUUCUGAGGAGAGAUGGGGAAAAGCAAAACAGCCGUUCUUCCAAUACUAGACUACAAUCAAAAAUAUUCAAAAUAACCUGAAAAAGAAUGCAGGAAAAAACUGAAAAAAUUGAGGAAAAUAUUUAUAAAAUCAAAACUCUGAGCAUAACUCUUGGUAUCCGGGCUCUUAGACAUAUUAUUUUAGUAGACAAGUUAUUCAAAAUAUAACAGAUUAUGCGCUAAACUUUGAAUAAAUUUGCUUAGAUUUCAACAAUAUAAAUAUUUAAUCUUUUAUAUAACCUGUU